UGUUUUUUUGCAGGAAUGUCGAGGAUUCUAUUGAUUGUGUGCCUUGCACUCUGCUGCACUACAACUUUCGUGACCGGGCGCAGUCAGAUUUGGUGGCACACAUCGCCUAAAGUACAUCACCAAGUCUCAUACUCACCGGAGUUGAUAGAAGACUUGAAGGACUUUCUGGAUCUUAUACCAACUGCAGAUAUUGACGAACUUGUCGCAGAACAUUCUAUAUUUGACUCUGGUUUUCGCCAUGCAGCCGAAUUUCUGCGUAGUUCAGAAUUCAAGGAGCUGGCGCAAAGUGCGGAACAGUUGCCCGAAGUCAUUGAGGUUAUAAAUUUUCUGCAUCUUCACGAUAAGAGUAUCAGGAAACAGCUUCAUUUCCAUAAUUGCCACAACCCGCAGCUUAUCAUCGAAGGCGCUGCAGUGAAAGAGUAUGCCUACUUUGUAUCAAAUGGUUUGUCGCAAAAAAGUCUAGAAGAGGGUGUGGUCGUUGUAUUCCUGCCAGAAUCCCAGAACACUAUUGAGACGCCUGCUGGCUUGGGCAGCUUUGCGAGCUUUACCCAGGAUCUUUUAACGCAUUUGCCACGGGAUCGUUUUGUAGCUCUAAUCACUGAGAAACUCAAUACUGGAACAGUGUUCCCCAAAUUUUAUGCGGCACUGCGUAGUGACGAGUUUAAGCAACUUGUGGAGAAAACUAUGAAAUCGCCGAAUGUUGAGAACAUUCUUCAAACGUUGGCCAGCCAUGAUAUUGAUGCCAACGCACUGAAAGAAAUUGCCUUUGAAGUUAUAUCUUGGGGCCCAGAAGUCAAAUUUAUUAAAAACAAAUUACUACAGUAGAAUCCGGUUAUAACG